GACCCACCCCCCACCCCAUUUCCCAAACUCUCCAAACAGGGCUCCCCCUCCGUCCCCAAAAACCCAAAAAAACCCCAAAUUUGGGGCUCCCCUCCAGCACCGCGGCGGUGGGGAGCGGCGCCCGGAGCCCAGCCCCGUUUUCCCGUGUUUUUCCCCCAAAACCCGCGCAGGUUUCGCUCCAAGUACCACCCGGACGAGGCGGGGAAGCGGCAGCAGGAGGCUCAGGCGGCGCUGCGGAACCGCCUGAGCGUCUUCCUCUACCUGUGGGAGCACGGCUGGUUCGACAACCUGCUGCUGGACAUCGAGCGCGCGCCGCAGAUCGUCAAAACGCUGGACGCAGGUACGGCACGGCGCCCCGGAAUGCUCGAAAACCUGGGGGCAGGUACCCCAAAGUACCCCAAAAUCAUCAAAAACCUGGGUGCAGGUAGCACAGAAUCAUCAAAAACCUGGGGGCAGGUACCCCAAAAUCAUCAAAACCUCCCGAAAUCCUCGAAAACCUGGGGGCAGGUACCCCAAAAUCAUCAAAAACCUGGGGGCAGGUACCCCAAAAUCCUCGAAAACCUGGGGGCAGGUACCCCAAGUUCCCCAAAAUCAUCAAAAACCUGGGGGCAGGUAGCGCAGAAUCAUCAAAAACCUGGGGGCAGGUACCACAGAAUCAUCAAAAACCUGGGGGCAGGUAGCACAGAAUCAUCAAAACCUGGGGGCAGGUACCCCAAGUUCCCCAAAAUCAUCAAAAACCUGGGGGCAGGUAGCACAGAAUCAUCAAAAACCUGGGGGCAGGUACUCCAAAAUCAUCAAAACCUCCCGAAAUCCUUGAAAACCUGGAGGCAGGUACCCCAAAAUCAUCAAAACCUGGCGGCAGGUACCCCAAGUUCCCCAAAAUCAUCAAAAACCUCGGUGCAGGUACCACAGAAUCAUCAAAAACCUGGGGGCAGGUACCACAGAAUCAUCAAAAACCUGGGGGCAGGUACCACAGAAUCAUCAAAACCUGGGGGCAGGUACCCCAAAAUCAUCAAAAACCUGGGGGCAGGUAUCCCAAAAUCCUCGAAAACCUGGGGGCAG